UCUGGGUUCUGAAUCUGCCUAUCUAUAGCACCCUGCAUUCCAUCGUUAUACAAAGAUAAAGAACUGCUUGCGCGUUGCAGCAACUGGUAGAACAGAAUGACACUGUCAACAAUCAACGUUAAUUAUGGUCUGCAACCCAUCAAGGAGAGGAUUGAAUAGCCUGGAAGUUUUCAGUCCGUUACGGGACUGAGGCAUCAUUUGGUGGUCGGUGAUGUCUAGCCACGAUUAUGGCGGAGUGACGAUGACCUCUCGCCCAGGUUCAGGCCCGGUUUCAACUCCUGGACACCAAGUGUACUGUACCUGGCCCGAACCGGACCCAUCCGUCUUCCUUGCCCAGCCUGGAAGAACUGGGCCUGUGGUCAAGGUCGCCAAUGGCGGUCACACACCCAUGCACCGCCUGCAGCUCACUGCUUCACACUCCUGAAGUGUCAUGCCUUGAGUGGUUGACUGGAUGCCGUACCCCACUCGGUGGUGUUGUCUUGGACGUCUGGUGGGUUCCCCCUGGCAUUCUCGUUCCCCAGCUUGGGAAACUGUUGGAUAGCGCCGUGCAGGGCUGUUACUUGGGCUAGUUUUUCGAUGCCC